UUCUCGCUGGAGAAUGGAACUUCCGCUUUGGACUGAGAACAGGAGGCUCCCGGCUCCCCGUCCCACUGUUGCCCAGCCCAGCGGCAUCAGAGGACGCCAGGUUCCCAGGAAGCAGCUGAGACAGGGCCGUGAUGAAGACCCCGCGGGGCGGCGCCCCAGUGCUGCUGCCGCUGAUGCUCCUGAGUCUGCUCCACGCCUCCCGGGCCCAGAGUGGCUGCACUGGGCCCCCGGCCAUCCCUGGCAUCCCGGGCAUCCCCGGGAAACCGGGCUCCGACGGCAAACCAGGGACUCCAGGGAUAAAGGGAGAGAAAGGGCUGCCGGGGCUAGCUGGAGACCACGGUGAGCUUGGAGAGAAGGGGGACCCAGGGUUUCCUGGGAUUCCGGGAAAAGUCGGCCCCAAGGGCCCCGUUGGCCCCAAAGGUGCCCCAGGGCCUCCCGGAGUCCAUGGCCCCAAGGGUGAAUCAGGAGACUACAAGGCCACGCAGAAAAUCGCCUUCUCGGCCACACGCACCAUCAACAGCCCCCUGAGGCGGGACCAGGUCAUCCGCUUCGACCACAUGAUCACCAACACCAACAACAACUACGAGUAUCGAAACGGCAAGUUCACGUGCAGGGUGCCCGGCCUCUACUACUUCACCUACCACGCCAGCUCUCGAGGGAACCUGUGCGUAAACCUCAUGCGGGGCCGGGAGCAGACACAGAAGGUGCUCACCUUCUGCGACUAUGUCUACAACACCUUCCAGGUGACCACGGGCAGCGUCGUGCUCAAGCUGGAGCUGGGGGAGACCGUCUUCCUGCAGGCCACCGACAAGAAUGCCCUGGUAGGCAUCGAUGGGGCCAACAGCAUUUUCACCGGGUUCCUGCUCUUCCCAGAUGCAGAGGUGUGACCUGUGGGUCCAAUUCACCCCCUCCCCUGCCAGCCACGCUCUCUUUACCCCCAACACCAGCCCCCACCUGGCCAAAACACACACUAGGGCUCCAUGGAUGUUGCUGAAUGAAUGAGUAAAUAAACUUUUCAAGGCCAAGG